AUGGAGCCCGCAGUGUCUGCGCCGAAGAAGUUUUCUUUUUCUUUGAAAAAGAAAACCUCCGACCCUCGGCCGUCGCCUCCAGGCGCAGCAGCAGCAGCAGCAGCAGGAGUGAAGUCUGAAGCUGCUGCUGCUGCUGCUGCAGCACCCAAGCCCCUGCAGGGCUUCGAACGCGGGGGGCCCCCCGAGGGCCCCAAGCCCCAGCUGCUGCUGAGCAUCAGCGGGGGCAAACUUGAAGUAGAGGGGGGCCCCCCUGCUGCAGCAGUUCGUGUGAUUCCUUGUCCGAAUCCGCUGCCUCUUUCUGCCUACCGCCUGAGCCUUCUUGCUGCGCAGCAGCAGCAGCAGAGUCCAGAACUUCCCGCAGAAGCAGCAGCAGAAACAGCAGCAGCAGCAGCAGAAACGGGGGCAGACCCUGUACUCAAGGAACUCAAGACAGAAUGGCCUAGCCCCGAAGGAGCGCUGCAGCAAGUCGCAGCCGCAGACGCCGGCGCUGCUGCAGCACCUGCUGCAGCAGCCGCUGCAUCACCUGCUGCUGCAGCGCCUGCUGCUGCAGCGCCUGCUGCAGGACCUGCAGCACCAGCAGUGAAGCCUGCUGCUGCAGCGCCUGCUGCAGGCGCUGCUACAGCAGCAGUGAAGACAGAGCCUCCGGCGGACACGCCGUCUUCGCGGCCAGCAGCAGCAGCAGCAGCAGCAGCAGCAGCAGCAGAGCAGUCCCGCGCCGGCCUCGGCAGCGACAGAGAACUCGAAAGACUUCAAGAAAAGAUUGAGCAGCAAAAGCGGCUCCAAGAAGCAGCAAAAAGAUCCAAACAAGUCUUCAUUCCCCUCAGAACAGCUGCAAACUCCCAGCAGCAGCAGCAGCAGCAGCAGCAGCAGGGGGAGUGA